CAACAGACUCUUCAGAUCCUCACCAAGAGUGCGUUCAAGAGCAAGAGGAAAAUGAAGUCUGCUGCAGUUUUUGUUGUGUUUGCCUGUCUACUUAUUCUUCAUGUACAUGGACUCAAGACCAGUGUAAGGAGAUGUUUGUGUCAGGCUAACGGGAUGAACAAUGUUCGUCUACAACGUAUUGACAAGAUUGAAGUUUAUCCUGCUAGUGCGUCUUGUGAAAAUGUUGAAAUCAUAGUUGUUCUGAAGAAUGGUGCAGGUAAAAGAUGUCUGAAUCCAGAAUCCAAUUUUGCCAAGAAUUACAUCCAGAAGGCCAUUCAAAAGAGGAGGCAACUACAGGAAAGCAGCACUCACUAGACGAGGAAGGCAAAGCUAUGAAGAGGUUUAAAGAUUUCCACAGAGCCAGUGUGUUUUGUUACUUUUAUAUUUAUUCAAAAUCUAUUUCUGAUGUUGUAACAAACACAAUUAUUAAUUAAUUGAAUGUUUAAUUUAUUAGAUGUCCCACUGGAUAUUGCUGAAUGUAUAUACAUU